AUGGCUGACUUGAUUAUCAGCCUUGCAAGUCCUAUUGUAGAGAUUGCAAUGAAGAAAUUGGCUAAUGCUGCUACUAAUGAAUUCGUCAAUAUCGAGGAUGAGGUAGAGAGGCUGAAACGUACUUUUAUGGAAAUUCAAGAUUUGCUUAAAAUUUUGGAAGGAAAUCAUCAGAUGAAUGCUUCUACUCCUCAUGCCCCGAAGAAUUGGCUCGAAAGGCUACGAGCACCAUCUUAUGAUAUUGAGGAUUUGAUCGACUGUUGGACAGCAGAAUGUGAACGGUGGAAGAUGAAGAAGCAGCAGCAGCAGCAGGUACAAAAAUUCCAUCUUCCGUUUUGUGCUUUUAAGUUUCUCUUUCUGCAUCGUGUAUUGUCUAAGUAUGAGAGAAAUUACAUCAAGAAUACAUGA